CACGUCACUUAUUUCUUCGUAACGCAGUAACUUCUUCAACAGAAAUGGAGCCAGAGAAGUCUACUCGCCGCUUGUCUUCAGAGGAUGAGGACGCAGACCUCAAUCAGCUACAACGCUUCGCGAAACAAAUCAAGAAUGUUAGAGGAAAGAUCGGAUCCGAAGCAAAAAAUGUCUUCUCCUGGGUAACCGGACACGUGAAUCCGGACGCGUACUUCCAACG